UGCGGUGGUCCCUUGGAAAUGUUGUCUCUUUUGCGCCACGUAACGUCCUCAUGUGUGGGCCGACGCUCCGUAGCGACGCUCAUCUCUGGAAAGGCAACAUCCAAACAAGUGUCCAACACGUCCUCAGGCUGGUGAGGGAUAGGCUGAAGAAAGAAGUGGACAAGAUGAAGACGUCAGAUUUCAGACCAAGUCUGGUGGUUUUACAAGUGGGAAGCAGAGAAGACUCCAACUUGUACAUCAGCAGUAAAAUGAAAGCUGCAGCCGAGGUGGGCAUCGACGCCGCGCACGUGAGGCUGUGUAACACGUCCACACAGGAUGAGGUGCUGAGGACCAUCAUGUCCGUCAAUGAGGACGCAUCAGUGCACGGCCUUAUCGUCCAACUUCCUCUGGACUCCGUGCACGCCAUCGACAUGGAGCUCAUCACCAAUGCUGUCUCGCCGCUGAAAGAUGUGGAUGGGUUGAGUUGCAUCAAUGCAGGGAAGUUGGCUCGUGGAGAUUUGAAGAACUGCUUCAUCCCGUGUACACCCAACGGCUGCAUGGAACUCAUCAGACAGACGGGUGUGAGCGUGACGGGAAAACACGCAGUCGUGGUUGGCCGCAGCAAGAUCGUGGGCGCGCCCAUGCACGACCUGCUGCUGUGGCAUCACGCCACCGUCACCACCUGUCACUCAAAGACACCCGACCUCCCUGAACAGGUGGGCAGGGCUGACAUACUCGUGGUGGGGGCGGGGCGAGCAGAGAUGGUGCAUGGUGAUUGGGUGAAGGAGGGAGCCGUGGUCAUCGACUGCGGAAUCAAUCACGUGGCAGAUGAAACCAAGGCGAGCGGGAAGCGCGUGGUCGGUGACGUCCACUACGGCUCAGCCAGUCAGAGAGCAGGAUACAUCACGCCCGUUCCAGGAGGAGUGGGGCCAAUGACGGUGGCUAUGCUGAUGCAGAACACGGUCCUCAGUGCUCAGCGCUUCCUCGCCAACAUGGACGACAACUCACAGUGACAUCAUCAAAAUAAAGGGCCUUCCUAAACUUGAUGAUGAAGGUUGUGACCAAUCAGCAGCCAGGGGACCUGGUUGAAAGGAUUUUUUCGUGCAUUUUGUAUCGUCUGAUUUUGCAAUGAUGCCGUCAACUUUUGUCACCAUGACAAUGAUGGCUGUGACCAGUCACAUGAUCAAGAAUGAAACCGCCGUCGAAAUAAAAAGAGAAAGACAAGCCA